ACUCUGAUAAAGAAUGAGCUGAAGAGGUUUAGGAAGCUCCUGAGUCCAGAUUACCCAGCAUGCACUGAGUGGGAGGUGGAGGAUGAGGAGGAUCUGCACAGUGUCAGAGAGGGAGCGCUGAAGAUCACACUGCAUGUCCUGAAGAACAUGAACCACACAGAUCUCGCUAACACACUGCACAACAAGUCUGUGGCCUCUGUGUAUCAGACAGAGCUGAAAUCCAGCCUGAGAGAGAAGUUUAAAAGAAUUAAUGAAGGAAUCUCACAGCAUGGAAGCACAGCACUUCUGAAUGAGAUCUAUACAGAUCUCUACAUCACAGAGGGUUGGAGUGGAGACGUCAAUAAUGAACAUGAGGUGAGACAGAUUGAGACAGCGUCCAGGAGACCAGCAACACAGGAGACACCCAUCAAAUGUAACGAGCUCUUUAAAGACAAGUCCAUCAGAAGAGUGCUGACUAAAGGAGUUGCUGGAAUUGGAAAAACAGUCUCUGUGCAGAAGUUCAUUCUGGACUGGUCUGAAGGAAAAGCAAAUCAGGACGUCACCUUCAUGUUUCCACUUCCCUUUAGAGAGCUGAAUCUGAUGAAACAGAGAAAUCUCAGUCUGAUGGAGCUUCUUCAUCACUUUUUCCCAGAAAUGAGAAAACUAGAAUUACUAGACUCCUACACAGUGGUGUUGAUCUUUGAUGGUCUGGAUGAGUGUCGACUUCCUCUAAAUUUCCAGAAGAAUGAGAGAUUGUGUGAUGUGACAGAGUCAGCCUCGUUGGACGUGCUGCUGACAAACCUCAUCAAGGGGAAUCUGCUUCCCUCUGCUCUCCUCUGGAUAACCUCUCGACCAGGAGCAGCCAAUCAGAUCCCUCCUGAGUGUGUAGACCAGGUAACAGAGGUACGAGGCUUCAGUGAUCCUCAGAAAGAGGAGUACUUCAGGAAGAGGAUCAGCAAUCAGAGCCUGGCCAAUAAAAUCAUCACACGCAUGAAGUCUUCAAGAAGCCUCUACAUCAUGUGCCACAUCCCAGUCUUCUGCUGGAUCUCAGCCACUGUUCUAGAGAGAAUGUUGGGUGAAGCAGAGAGUGGAGAGGUCCCCAAGACUCUGACUCAAAUGUUCACACACUUCCUGAUCUUUCAGAUCAAACACAAGGACCAAAAGUACCAUCAGAAAUGUGACCCUGAUCCUCAGCAGACCAGAGCGAGUAUCCUGGCACUGGGGAGACUGGCUUUCCAACAGCUGGAGAAAGGAAACCUGAUCUUCUAUGAGGAAGACCUGAGAGAGUGUGGCAUUGAUGUUGGAGAAGUUGCAGUGUACUCAGGAGUGUGUACCCAAAUCUUCAGAGAGGAGUUUGGGCUUCACCUGGGGAAGGUGUUCAGCUUUGUACAUCUGAGUGUUCAGGAGUUUCUGGCUGCUUUAUACACAUUUCUCUGCUUUAUUUUUAGAAAGACAAAUGUGUUAGUGGAGCAGCGCACUGGACUUUUCCAUUUCUUCAGCAAGUCGACCAUGUCUGAUUUCCUCAGGAGUGCAGUGGACAAGGCCUUACAGAGUGAGAAUGGACACCUGGACCUGUUCCUCCGCUUCCUUCUGGGUCUCUCACUGGAGUCCAAUCAGGCUCUCUUACGAGGCUUAAUGCCCCAGACAGGAAGCAGCUCUCACAGCAAACAGGAAACAGUCGAGUACAUCAAGGAGAAGAUCAGGGAGAAUCCAUCUCCAGAGAAAUCAAUCAAUCUGUUCCACUGUCUGAAUGAACUGAAUGAUCAUUCUCUAGUGCAGGAAGUACAGACUUACGUGAACAGAGGAGGUGACCGUCGUCUCAGGAGAACCAGACUCUCUCCUGCUCAGUGGUCAGCUCUGGUGUUUGUGUUACUGAACUCAGAUCAGGAGCUGGAUGAGUUUGAUUUGAGGAAAUAUGACCGAUCAGAUGAAUGUCUUCUGAAGCUGCUGCCAGUGGUCAAAGCCUCCAGAAAAGCUGUGCUGUGUUGGUGUAAUCUGACAGAGGAAAGCUGUAGAGUUCUGUCCUCAGUUCUCAGCUCAAACUCCUCCAGUCUGAGAGAACUGAACCUGAGUAACAAUAACCUGCAGGAUUCAGGAGUGAAGCUGCUCUCUGCUGGACUGGAGAAUCCACACUGUACACUGGAGACACUGAGGCUGUGUGUGUGUAAUCUGACAGAGGAAAGCUGUAGAGUUCUGUCCUCAGUUCUUAGCUCAAACUCCUCCAGACUGAGAGAACUGCACCUGAGUUACAAUAAACUGCAGGAUUCAGGAGUGAAGCUGCUCUCUGCUGGACUGGAGAAUCCACACUGUACACUGGAGAUACUGAAGUACACAUACACACACACACACACACACACACACACACACAGAGCACUUUCUUGCAGGAUGUAUAACUGCAGUAUUACAGAUGAAGGUUGUGCUUCUCUGGCUUCAGCUCUGAGGUCAAACUCCUCAUCACACCUGAGAGAACUGGAUCUGAAUGGUAAUAAUCCAGGAGAAUCAGGAGUGAAGCUGCUCUCUGAUCUACUGAAGGAUCCACACUGUAAACUGGAGACAUUAUGCAUUAAGGAUAAUAAACUCACCAGGACCGGGGUAUGACAACAGUCUCACCUCAAACCUCUUCUCCAGGAUAAAGCAGUUUUGGUGAAGAGUUAGAACCCGUCCCACAUUUCCAGCAGUUUGGGAGCUGAAUCAUUAAACGUAAAGGGACAGAGCAGAUACAAAGUCAAGAACAGGCAGAAGGUCAUACACAGGAGAAAUCAACACACGUAACGAAAUAUCUGCUGUACAAAGCAACGGCAAUGAUCUGCCCCGGGGAUGGAGACUGAUGAGGCUUAAGUACACUUCCGGAAAUGUACAGUCGACUGAUCCCAAAGCACGAGGCAGGAGCAGGCAUGUUAAUGGUACAUGGUCUGCACUUAUAUAGUGCUUUUUUAACCUUAGUGGUUCCAAUGCACUUUACACUGUUUCACAUUCAUGAGGCUUGUGCCAAAGAGUAGAUGUGAAAAUACAGUGGAAAAUUUCCCUUGCAACCUGCCAACCUUUGCUGUGUCAUGAACACAGUGUCUUGGUCAACCCAGGAGAUGAUUUAGAAAAGUGCCUAUCCAACAGUGUGUGUUCAGCAUGCAUGGAGGCACUGGUUCUGUAAACAGUGUUACAUGAACUAACACCAGAAAUAAUACAAAUCAAUACCCUCGUGUGCAUCUCUAAUGGCCUGAUGAGGUUCAUGUCAAUUCUUUCAACUGGGAACUUGAAUAAAGGUAAUGGGCGCAGUGGUGCUAUUGGGGUGGCCAGUGGAUUUGCAGCUGAAAUUAGUAGCCUGGUAACAAUUGCUUCUACAGCUCCUUUUUGAUGCACCUGUCGACUUAACACUACCCAUAAGAGUUGAUGUUUGGCCAAAAACCUAAGCUACCAAGGGAUAGUUUGCUUGAUGGUAGUGAAGAAGAGGAAGGAGAUGGUGCCCAUUCAGAUUUGGUGGCCCAACACCAAAAGUAUUUGACCUCCAUUUAUACCAGUUCCCGAAGGUACUUGGAGACUGUGGUCAUUCACCGUAGGACCAAUUGCCCUGACUCAGUGGCAAUACUACCCCCUGGCACUUUAGUGUAUUGUAAGAAUCAUUUUCAUGGUUGCCAUAAGAUUCAGGAUGUCUGGCGCUCCACUGUGUUUGAGAUUGUGACUUACACUGAUGAAGUGGGAAUGCUGAAUAAGAUCAGACCACAUGGAGAAGAUGGCCCCAUUAAAACUGUCCAUUGCUCAGAACUUAAGCCUAUUCAUACCUGGCAACAAUAUGCCAGGUAAACCAAUGGGUCAGGUCUACUGGCUCUUUCCAGCCACAGAAUUGGACAGGACCUAGAAUUGGAGAUUAUUCACAAGUGGCCACAGUCCACACGAGAACGGGUGUAAGGACCUCUGAGGGUCAAGUCCACGCUGAUUCUAGUUCUCAGCCUUCAGUGCUUCAGUCUAGUCCAACAGGGGUACAAAAUGAUUACUCUCUUAUGAGUAUAGGUUCAUCUUUAGCGUCUCAACCCCAGGUGACCACACGAGAGCAAGAGUUGAAUUUAGAAACUUCUCUAGAUCUUUAUAUAGCUCAGUCACUUGAUCAGUCAGGAAUGGGUUUAGUUUCUAGGACAUCCUUUAGGCGUUCUACUCAUGCGACUCUGUGUUCACUGAGAUGGUGACCAUUAAAGGUAGGGGUGAGUUUGGCAAAGUUGUUUGGAGGCGCUUUUGUGCAUGCCCACUAGAGUGUGCACUGAUUCUUUAUGCACAUCACUUCCUGUCUAUAGAACCAUGUCCAGUGCUUGAAUCCUUUGUUACUCUGUGAUUGUUGGUUGCUGGAAGAACAAGUUCUGUUGAUGGCAAAUGUGUGUUACAAAUGUGCCAGUGCCAUUUAUACCUACCUGGACAGGCUAUUAUUUUGGGGGCGUGUUCAUAAUUUAUCUGCACCGCAUGACUGUGUAUGGGUGUGAAGAUGAAAAAAAUACCAACAAUACCAUCACACCCAUAUGUACUUGUUGAAUAUCCCAUUAUAGAUUUAAUCCCCCUUUGCUGUUACAAUAACCUCCACUCUUCUAGGUAGUAUUUCCACUUUAUUUCGGAGCAUGGCCUUUGGGAUUUGUGCAUUUGAGCAUGCAUUUCACCUCCUGAAGAGGAGACUGAAGGGGGAAACCCCUCCCAACAGACAACAACUGAAAGAAGCUGUGGUAAAAGCCUGGAAGAGCAUCACAACAGUGCAAAUAUUUGGUGAUGUCAGUGGAUCAGCGUUUGAUUAUUUAUUGCAAGGAAGGGCUAUGAAACCAAAUACUCUUAUUUACUUUUCCUUGAAGACUUUGUGUUCCAAUAUUUUUGCUCACCUCAAAAUGUUCUAAGUUGUUUAUCACAUCUAGAUGUAUAUAUAAGGAAAUUAAAGCUUCAAUUUUGAUCUAUUGUCUCAUCUUUUGAACCCAAACCCAAAUGUCUUCAGCGUAUAGCAAAAACAAAAGAAUUCCAAUACUUUUGAAGAGGACUGCAUGUAUGGCAAGGUUGACUGAAGACAGGUGGGGCUGAUGGCCACUGAUUAUGAUUAAGACAGUGCUCUCUGCCUCCCUCUAGUGACGCAACAAGUCAGUUGUCUACUUACACCACAAUCCAUUACAAAACUAUAGACUCUCAUUCCUAUUUGGUGUUCAAAUCUUCACAAGGAAAUGUGCAAUGACUUUUCACAACUAUGGAUUCACCACAAGAACAUCAGAGAUCUCCCAACAUGCUUCACUGCCUACAGACAUGGAAGCCAUGAACUACACUUCCCAGAACACACACAGGCACACUGCCUCUUUCUCAAUCACCGGACUUCUGAUCAGGCACACCCAGAGGCGUAUCUACAGGGCAGGCAAGGUAAGCAAUUGCCUGGGGCCCCACAUACUGCGAGGACCGCUGAGGGUUGAUCAUUUAAAUUAUCAGAAAUUUUCAUCUUAAAAUAAUGUGCAGCAACAUCUCAGCAACCCCUUCAAAUGAGGCC